CCUAUCUCAUCAACGUCCGUCGGCGACUGAAUGUUCUUUUUGCCGUCACAUUCUGGUCGCAUGUUGAUCUACAUCCCAGUAACCAACGAUCCCAAUGCAGCAAUAUUCGCCGCAUUCAUCAGCCGGGUUGAGCCCACUGCAUGAUGCUGCUCCCGAUAAUAUUCCAGGAACUAGGUCACUAGAUCCCCACCAGGGGGAAAUCCCAGAAUCAGACGCGUCAUCGAUGCUAGCUGCUGAGCAUGGUCGAACUCGCAGCUCGCGAAUAAGUGUAAGCUGUGACCUGUGUCAUAAACGGAAGAUCAAGUGCGAUGCUGGACGACCAUCAUGCUCUAAUUGCCGCAACGUCGGCGCCAAAUGUCAGACUCUACGAGCUUUAGCCAAGCGUGGAAGGAAGAGUCGAAAGCGACAAUCGGACCUCCAAGUCUCACAAGACUCGGCCAUCAUUGACAAAAAUCUACCUUCGCCGGCCGCCUACCCCGCUCCGGAAGCUUCUGGGGACUAUCAAGUUCGAGAGACAACAAGCACUCCAUCUUACGAGGCUUCUAACCAAACCUAUCAUCAUGAAUCGGGCCCACAUGUUUCCUGCAAUCAAGAGCAAAAUAGUCCUCGAUGUCUAAUAACUUCUGUGGAGUUAUUGCCCAUAUCACCAAGGUUGCCAUCCGCAGUGAAUUACAGAUUCCAUCCCCUUUUGCAGAACUUGGCCAAAGACUUGGCAGAUGCUGGCGUCUCCACACCAGAUGUCAUAUCUUACAUGGGCACGUGUCUGGAUCUCUUUGUCGAUCACAUUUAUCCAAUCUAUCCCAUCAUAUACCAACCGCAUCUCCGCCAGUACCUAGAGGACCUACAAUACCACGAUCAGUAUCCGUGGGAACCAAGAUCAUUCAUGCUCUUGUCAUUGCUUUGUGCUUAUAUUCUCGCUGUUUUGCCCAUGUCGAUAUCUGGAGCUCCUUGGUGCAUCGCCGAGGCAUUUUACAGCGCUUUCAAGAAUACACACGAUCAAUACCCGCAAGGCGAUGUUGACCACCCUACCAGUUCUUCUGUGGCUAUACACCUCUUGCACGCUGCUUGGCAAGGCACAUCCGGAAACUCUAGGGCUUCGUGGUACAUCUUGGGGAAUGCCAUGAGAACAUCCCUAUUGAUGGGUCUACACGAUGAAAAGAGCUAUGAAAAAAUGUCUCCAGUAGAGGCACAGCUAUGUCGGCGAGCUUUCUGGGCAUUAUACACAGGAGACAAAGCUGCAUCUCUGCUUGGAGGUCAUCCCAUGACAUUUGGGAAAAGCCUGUUCUGGGGCUUUACUGUUCCUCGCUAUCCAGAAUCGCUCGGGCCCGAGGAUGAGGUCACUGUGAAACUUUACAAUGGACGGCGAGAGACUCUUGACCUUUUGGUCGGAUUCAAUGCGAACCAGGAUAUAUGGCGGGCAGCGGAAGAUCUCUUGCUAGCGGAACGAGAAGACAUGACGAAUGAUCUCAACACAUCCGAUAUUCGCUUUCAUACCACGGCCGCUGCCUUUCGCAAGUUCCGAACGAUUCUUGACAAGGUUCACAAUCCACUUCGGUUCUACUACUCGCUCGACACUAGUUUGGACGGAUUCUACUUCGCUGAUCAACAUGAUCAUCGCCCACAAGUUCCUCAGGCUCUUGCGGCACAGAGAACGAAUCUGCACAUAUCGUACCAAUAUUUGAAAGUGGUGUUCUUACGCAAAUAUCCGUCCCACUAUUUCAACGAUCCAAGAACUUCAGAUCCUGCAGGCUCAAUCGCCCAACCGUUGUCACUAACAGUCCCGUCGCAGACUGAGGCAACGGCUACCACCUCUGCGAUCUCCACACCAUCAAGUAGUACUGUCCAAGGCCGAUCGAAUUUCCAGUCAGACCAUUGCCAACUCAGCUUUGGGCUUGGCUUAGUUCGCGAAACCAUGCACAUUGCUGAGGAUAUGCUAUACAUCAUUCACACAUCGAGUCUUCAAAGUCUACGGGUCAACGGGGAACCAUGUAUUGAGAAGAUUCGAUACGUGGCAGCAUCUGUUCUAGAAGUGCUAGCUCAAGGUAUUGGUGAUACUGCCUUGCGAGAGCGAGCGCUUAAGUUCCGAGACCUUUAUCCUCAUCUUCUCGCUCGUUUGGAGAGUAAGGCUUCCGACGAUCCCAAACUUCCAGUUCAUGGAUGAUAUUGUAUUAUGUAAAGAUAGUGUCUCUAUUUCUCGCCAUUUGAUGUUGUUUAUAUUGCGCAGUAGUGCUGGGUGAAAAUAUAUUUUAUGAAAC